UGGAAUUGCAGGUUUCCACACAAUGCGGAUAUGGUUGGUGAAUGUUGCAGGUGCACAGGCAGGCACGACAGGUUCCUUCCUCAUCCUUAACCUGCCACUGCUGGGUCGAACUACCAUCACCAGCACGCACUCUGAACUGUCCUCGACAAAUAUUUUCUGUUCUUUAACAGCGAAAUUAUUUUCGAAGCUUUGAUGCAAUCAUGGCGUCUGCGCAUAGUCAUUUCCUUAUCUCCACCUCAAGUCUAGAGGAAGAUGGUUGCCCUUCAACCCUGCGAGAUCGCCUGCGCGACGAUGAUACUCCAGCGACAAGUUCCUCCAUCGGACCUGUUCCCUACCAAAACAUCUAUCAGCAGGUUCACGCUUGUCUAGGAAAGACCCUGAACACUUCAAAACCCGAAAGAAAGGUCGUUCAUGCACCUGAGAGCAAUGAUCAGGCUUCACAGCUUCGAGAAUCGUAUGCUCGCAUGGGCAUGUCCCUCCACAGCUCUGCGGUCGACCACCUCGUAAAGGCGCACACGGAUGUGCAGGCCAAGACAGCGCACUUCGCAGAGAAAUCUGGCCAGACCUUGUCGCAAUCCAAACAGCUAUACGCCAACAUCGCCUACCCGCUGGCGGCCACACUUUGUCAUCACAAUGACCAUGAAGACCACCCCCGAGCAACUGUCACCGUUCAUUUAAAGAAGCUCCAGGAAGAAAUCGCUGCCGCCAGAGAAGAGGCUUGGAAAGACCUGAACAAAGAGCUCGCCGAUCAAGGUAUUGAGAAUGGCGUCGAUGAGGAGGUUUUAAAGGCUGCUGAGGAUUUCAAGGCACAGGCGGAGGCCAUCGUGGAGGAAAAGUGUCAACUCUUGGACGAGGUUGACAAGGAGUUCAAGGCUGAGAUCCAGAACCAGACUUUGAAGAUGAUGCAGGAUCUCUUCGACGAUUGAUCGAUGCGAUGUACUAGAAGCAAUUUGUGGGCUAUUAUGGUGUCAGCAGUCUCAUGUCCAAUUCGUCAUGUACAUGUACAGUAGCAGAGCAGACUUUCAACUGGUCGUCUAUUUCGUAUCUCAUUAACUAUCUG